UUGAGCAAUCUUCUUCUAUAUCCUUCGUCUUCCUUAGUGUUAUGAUGUUAUCUUGGUUCUCGGGUUAGCGUUCUUCAUAUCCGAGGGUUUAAAGAGAGUGAGAAAUCUUCUUGUAAAACACUUGCAAUCUGUUUGAUCGACUCAUAUAGUGGAUUUGUUUUGUGUUUGAAGGAGGAGAGAGUUCAAACAAUAAUCAUUCCAGGAUUAUUCAGUGAAAGGACAGACACAAAAAGUUAAUUUUAAGUUUUUAAUGUUAGCUUUGGAGUAGUAUGGAUAGGAUAAGUCAAUUGCCUGAUGAACUUCUCUUGAGAAUAUUAUCACUACUGCCUACUUCUAAAGAUGUUGUGGACACAAUGGUUUUGUCUAAACGAUGGAAGUUUCUUUGGAUGUUUGUGCCAAGGCUUUUGUACGAUGAUAGCCAUCAGGAUAUUGACUAUGGAAGGUUUUCGCGGUUUGUAGACAGGUCUUUGAUCUUGUACAAGGCUCCAGCUCUAGAAACUUUGCAUUUCAAACUUGGUAAAAUCUGUGGUGCUGGAGAUCUUCAUGUAUGGAUUAGAGCUGCGGAUAAAUUCUCUGUGCGUGAGCUGAUUAUCGAAAUCGACAGUUCUUCUCGUGCAUCACCAGCCAUUCUUCCAAGGAGUUUGUACACAGAGAGCAGCAUGCUUGUUACAUUGAAACUAAAUAAUGCGAUUCUUUUGGAUGUUUCUUCCUCAGUUUCGUUCCCAUCCCUCAAAACUUUGAGACUUGUGUCCGUGACGUAUCCAGGCAACGAGUUUGUCAACAGUCUUUUAUCAAAUUGUCAUGCUCUUCAAGACUUGGUUGUGGACCAAUGUCCAGAUGACAAUGUGACCAUUCUCACCGUUAAAGUUGCUUCUCUCAAGAGUUUAGCCUUGCAUACAUCAGAUGAUAGAGUUGAAGAUUUUGCUCAUGGGUUUAUGAUAGAUGCUCCUAAUCUGGAGUGCUUUCAUUUACGUGAUGGUACGGGUGGGUUUUGUGUCAUCGAGAAUGAUAUGCCUAAUAUUGUAGAUGCAUAUAUUGACGUCUCUUAUGCUCUUCCUCGGACUAUUCUGAGUUGUAUUACUUCAGUCCAACAUCUCGACUUAUGUUUACUAACAACAGAGGAUGCUUAUCCUGUUAGUAGUAUCUUCCCCUGUCUUGUACGUUUAAAGAUAUGCACAUGUGAGACAGAAUGGUUGAAUCUACUUAUGCGUGUGCUUAAAGAUUCACAUAAAUUACAAGCUCUCGAACUUGGACGGCACCAUAACCGUGGAGGUAACGUCUACUGGAGUGAACCAAGUUCUGUUCCUGAAUGUGUGUCCGGGAAUCUUGAAACUCUCGAAUGGUUAGAUUAUGAAGGAAGAGAAGAAGAGAAACAAGUGGCGUCGUAUUUCUUAAGAUUCGGAAGCUGUUUGAAGAAGGUUACUAUAAAACCUGAAUCCACCAGCUACGACCGCGACAAACUUGUAAUGAUCAAAGAGUUGUCGUUUUUGCCUAGAAGUUCUCCUGCUUGUCAGAUUUCGUUUGACUGAGUUUACUGGUUCAGCUCCGAGGGUGAAGAAAUUAAUGUUCAGUUUUCUAGUGGUUUGGUCUGAAUCUUAUUAAACACAUGAAUUAUUAUGUGUUCUUUAACAAACAACUUUCUUAUGUUUUCUGCUCUAGUACGUUGUUGCGUUGGUUAGUAAGAA